AUGAAUGCUCUUGGAAACUUCUGGGCGAGCUCACGAGUGCCCGAAGUUACCCAGCAUACAGGGCUCAUUCAUCUCGCCGCUUGCCUCAGUGAAGUUCCAUUCUCUUUCCCAAUGCCUGGCGUGCAGUGCCAAGUCUGCAAGCAGGCUGGCCGCGAAACCUGGGUGAUACCUGGAAAGGCAUGUCACAUCUGUGGGGCCCUUUGUUCAUUGCUGGCAGAUGAGGACGAGAUCGAAUCCGAGUAG